GACUGUUGAUCUCCCUGUUGAGUAACUGCUCUGUCCACAGGUCCACUGUGGGACUCAGCCAGCUGUGAGAUUAGUCCCCCACUCACUGUACUGCCUGCUGACCGGAGCGCACCUCUGAGGCUCUGCACAGAGGGAACAUGAGCGAUAACAUCCAGGAAGGAGAGGUGCUGAGGCAGAUUGAGAGGGAGGUGCGGAUGCGGGAGGGGGCCAGUAAGCUGCUGGCAGCGUGUUCCAGGAGAGAGCAGGCCCUGGAGGCCUCCAAGAGCCUGCUGACCUGCAGCGCCCGCAUCCUGGCCUUGCUCAGCCAGCUGCAGAGGAUGAGGAAGGCUCAGAUCCUGCAGAGAGUGGGACACAGGCCCUCUGAAGAGGCUGUGCCAAGUUUGGGAAAAGUAUCCCUUUCAGACCUGCGUGUCCCGCUGAUGUGGAAAGACUCAGAGUACUUCAAGAACAAAGGAGAGCUCCAGCGCUGUGCUGUUUUCUGUCUGCUACAGUGUGGCACAGAGAUUCAUGACACAGAUGUGGUGAUGGUUGAUAGGACUUUGACUGACAUCUGUUUUGAAGACACUAUCAUAUUCCACGAAGCAGGUCCCGGGUUCCAGCUCCGUGUUGAGCUGUACAGCAGUUCUGCUGUGGAGGACUUCUCCCCCGGGGCUCUAGGACCCAGGAGAUCGAGCCGCCUGGGGGGGUCUGUGGGACGCUCCUCUGGGAAAAAGAUCCGUGCUGCGUUUGAGUCUGCAGCUGUUUGUGGAGCAAAUGUAGGAGCUGGAAGUGUGUCACCACCUUUAUCCCCUGACCUUUCCACACUGGGGCCCAAGUUUAACCUGCUGGCUCACGCAACACUGACUCUUGAGCAUGUCCAGGAAGGUUUCAAGACCCAUGAUUUGUCACUAGCAGCAACAGAGGAUGAUCCAUUCUGGUUGCCUCUGUACGGCAGUAUGUGUUGCCGCCUGGUUGCUCAGCCUCUGUGCAUGAUUCAGCCAAUCAUAAGUGGCCAACUCAAGUAUAAGCUUGGAGAAGACCUUAAUUGCUGGGGAAAUGGCUUUAGUGUCCUCAGGGGGCAAAAUCUUCUCUGCUAUCAGAGUCAAGAAGACAUGGAGUCUGAGGACAAGCCAUCACUUGAAAUCCCCAUCACUCAGGAUACUGUCGUCUGUGUGUCAGAGAGAGAUCCGGACCUUUGCCAGACUGUAAACAUCAUCUCAUGGCAUCAAGGAGAAGAAGUAACCUUCAGGCUGACCCCUCCCUCUCCUGAAGACACGCAGCGCUGGACCGAGACCAUCUGGCAGCACAUCUACAACCUGAGCCAAUGGAAACAGUGUUGUCAUCACCUCAUGAAGAUUGAAACGCAAGGCUCAAAGAAAGCCAUUCCAGCAAGGCAGGGAUCGCUAUACCAUGAAAUAG